UAAAUCUGCAUUCUGCCUCUGCCUCUGGUCAGAGACAGUCAGGGCUACAGAGCGCGCUCAGUGAGAAGCAUCAUCACUGGCUUAACACACACCACCUUAAAUAAAAAACAAAUCCUGCUGCAGAAAGACUGCACAAGUGACUGGGCUGGAGAAGACGGUCUGCAAGCAGCUAUGCGGCCGCGGUCCAGACUGCCAUCCAAGAGAAGACUCCUGCUGCCCACCAUCAGAGAGGGCACUGAGGAGACAGUGAGGGAUCUGAAUGAAGCCAACUCACUCCACAUUACUGGCAACAACCAGGCUGUCUCCUCAGAAGACUACCUCCUCUCCAUCUGCCACCUGGCCCACCCCACCUUCCCCUCCAGGGAUGGUUCACCCAACAGCGCUCACACACGGCAGCUGGAUGUUAUUCACCACAGGCUGAGGCCGUCACGGCUCAGUGCCAGCACACCAUCAACCUUCGGAUUGGAUCUCAGAGAGGAGGCACAUGUCGAGGAUAUGCAGCAGGAAGACAGCAAACAACUAAAUGGUAAACUGUUAUUUGGCUGCUACGGACAGUCAGACCCACUGGAGCAUCUUUAUGGACACCCCAGCAACCUCUCAGGAGGCAUAAGGGGGGCAUUUGUGGAGGGGAGGUUUACAAGAUCAAGUGGGAGGGUAUGGGAGGGUCAGGCUCGCUCACGGGCGCACAGCAUCCCCCGUGCUUCCAGUCCAGACCGUCCAUGCCAACGCAAAAGCAGCUGCCCCGAGUUACACACCAGCAUCAACAUGCCCAUCCCAAACAUGUCCCCGAAACACUGCUUAUCUGGGACCAGGAAAGGGAGCAUGGCAGACGGAGGAGGAGAGGAGGAGAGACAGAAUACACCCAGCAAACACUCCCUCAUCUCCCAGUGGAUCUCUGACUGUAGGUCGGCCUGGAGGGAGGCACGUGCACGUGCCUGUAUGCUGCCUGCCAUCGCUGAAAUAUAAGGCACAAAACUGCACCAUCACUAUAAAACACUCCUCUAUGAAGUGUCCUAAUCUGUCCUGUCAGGCACACACAAGACAUGUAGAUGUGUUUAAUAUGCAGAUAUAUAAAGGGAUGUGAUCAUGUAAACCAUUGAAGACAUGCAGUGGAAACUAAACAUUGCCAUAAUGUGUAAUCAGUAAUAUAUUAAUGUCACUGUUCACUGUUACAGCCCCCCUAUGCGUGAUGUAUGGUGGUGAUCAUGCAAUAUUAAAGAAAAAUGCAAAGCCCUUUUAUACCUUCCAGUGUUUUGUGAACUAAGUAUUAAUAAAUAAACCAUUUUUGAUACUUUGA